CCCGGGCAGGGGGGACCCUGGACCCGGGGCACUGAUCGCGGCUGGCUUCGUGGCAAAGCUGCCGCAGGGGAAAGGGAUUGGGAAAUGUUAAUGAGAUACGUCCUGAGAAGGUGAUUAGGGUCCUCGUGUCGUGCUGAUCCGUGUUUGUGGUGCUGGGAUUUAGGCGGCAGAUGACUGCGGGAGAGCCGGCACCUCACCAGCUUUCAUCUGCCUGACGCGUUAAGGCGCACACCGCGUGUGGUGCUUAGAUACCGGGCCGUGUGUCAUUUGCACGCUCGCCAAGACGUUUCCUCCAUGAAAGCCGCGGAGAAGUUGGCCGGCGCAGGGGCUCGUUGCAGCGAAAGCUGUUACAGAGCAAUACCCUGUAAAUACCCUCUUACUGCAGGAAACUGCAACGUGGUGCAGCAAAUGUCAUCUGUGCCUUUCAUCUGCCCCCUUGCCCGAGCCCAUGCAUCGCAUAUACCAUAAAAAAAUCCCGACAUGUGCGGGUUGCUAAUGCGGAUAAUAACAAGAGUUUAUCUCUGUCACCAUUGCUACCUCUGCAGCUCUCGCUUUGCUGAUACUCCGUACUUUCAAAGACUGUUUCAGAGGUCUUUGAAAAUGCAGUUUUAAACUCCCUCGUACUACUACGCACAAAAAAAUCACAUGCUGCAAAUAUAUCCAGGUAGUAUUUUGCAACAUUGUGCUUGCGUGUGCUACUGAGGGAAAAGUUAGGGUUAAUUUGUGAUGAAAUUCAUGCUCUUUUUCAUGCAUCUUUGAUGUGAGCAUGUAAAUGAGAGGAACAUUUCCAAAACUUGCUAGAAAUAAUGAAAACCUUGGUAAAUAUUGGAAUAACAUUGAGAUGUUGCUGCCUUACAUGAUUGCCAUAAAACUAUAUAGAAAAGUGUAUGUGCAAAUGUAAAUUAAACUACAAAAUAUGCAAGCUGGAAGGACAGAGGGAAACAUCAGUGGUAGCUUAAAUAACAACAGGAAAAAUGAUCUCUGAAAUACUAAAAUUCCUUUAUCACUGAACUAAUAACAUUGUAACACUUCACUGUACCUUAAGGUUAGGGAAAUCCAUUUUCCUGGAAAGAUUCUCUUGAUACCGGGUUGGGCGGCUAAGUAAAGAAAGAAAAAAAAAUAUGUUGGCUUUUAGGUGUAUAAUACUUUAUCUCAGGAAUUUUGUAAUAUAUGCCAAGAUAGUGAGCCAAAGUAGUCUGUUGUAUUACUUUGUAAAAUGGAAAGUUGCUACAUUGCAGCCUUUGAUUUAAAGCUUUCCCUCACUGCCUAGGAACUGACAAAUGCUAUAAGGUUGUGUUGCAUCAUGUGAUGCAAUAUUGAAAUCUUUCCUAAUACCGCAGUACACUGCAGUAAAAUGGUUUUAAUGCAGAUUACCUGGAGAUUAUUCAAACGGUUCAUGUUACCUCACUGAAACGUGAAGCAAAUCAGCGUGAUCCCCCCUGGCAACACGCUGCCCUGCUGCAGUGAUUCACUGCAGUAUAUUGCAGGAGCAGGAAACUUUUCAAUGCCUUUCACCCUGCACUGAUUUAUUGCUUCAGAAUGGGAUUGUGGAGGAAACGUAGCACAGCAGUGACUGCACGGUAAACUGCAGAGAACUGAGGGGGAGCGGUGAUUUUCAUGUUGCUCUUGGGUAGCAGUGCAUAGAAACCAUUUGACGGACAAAUCUCGAAUGUUAGCUUGUUAGUUUAAGGUUUAUAGCUUAAUUUUAUAGCUUAUAGUCUUUAAGUUCUAAGACUUCGAGCUCAGUGGUGUCUUGAAGGUAAUACUUUGCCAAAAUGAUAUAAUAAAUUUCAUGACAACUGCUUAAUUUUUUGUUUCAAAUGCAAAAGAGAAUACAAUUUAGUACAAGACAUGCUGACAUGCGUGAUUUUUCAGAGAGCUACUGCUCCAGGCUUCUGAGUCAACUGUCUCACAUGUAUAUCAAACUGCUGCUAUGGCUUUCUUUGUACUCAUUACUGCUCUGUUUUUAUUAAAUACUGCGGGGUUUGGUAGUGUGGUUAAAAUAUUACUUCCAUGGUGAAUAAAGUUUAAGCUGCUGAAGUUAUUUCACAUUAAAAAUAAGCAAAUUAUAUACAGGUAGAUUCCUGCCCCUCCCCAAAUAGUAAUAAAGAGAAAUUAAAAGAAGUUUUAUGUGUAUAGCAUUUUUAAUAUAAGCUUCUUUACAGAAUGUUUUUCAGGGAACUUUUCAUAAAUCUUAAGGAUGCUAAACAGAGAAGAGAAAAGGAAUGAAGAGAGAAGGUUAAAACAAAACCGUUGGCUCUCAGCUGAGAUUUGACCUCAGAAGGAGAAUCCCGGAGGUGAAGCUAUUUCAGAGAAGAGGAAGCAAAAGAAGAGAUCAUCAAGUUCAUUCCCUUCUACCAACCUGCCGCAAAACCAGAGCAAUUGAGGAAGAGCUUUGGAGUAAAAGAGCAGGCACUCUGAGUACUAACCAGGCAUGACUUCUAAUCUGUCAUCACUCACCUAUGACAGCCAGUAAAGACGUAUGAGUAGAGAUAGUUAAGAUGCCGCUAGAUUAUUAAAUACUGACCAGAGCUCAAGCCUGGAAUUUCCCAACAGCUAUUUCACGUCUGUGCUCUUAGAGUUGAGGAGAGAAUGACACUGAUAGCAAUGCUUUGGGGCAGCACAGCUUAUCAAAAGAUAGAAGACAGCUUAUGCCACCUUAUAAAAAGAGUAAGAAGCCUCCUCCUAUGAACUCUCACACCAGAUUGCCAGUGGGUUUGUUUGAACAAGUCCAGUUUGAAUGUACAUUAGUUGCAUAUGGAAAGUAUGUCUAAUAUUUUUUCAGCCUUCUAGGAAAAGGGUAUUUGAGUUACUUACAGCAAGUGCACAGUUUUUUUACCUCAGCACAGGUUUGCUCGUGGUCAAACUUUACCUAAUGAUUCUGCCUUCCCAUAAACAUCUUUAGAAAAAAUAAGUGAAUACAUCACUGGUCUUUAACCUUCAUAAUUUGAGAGCUGUUAAGAUGUGUUGAAUUACCCAAGCCAGAAUGAGUGCGGCCAAGUGUUAGACUCUACAGAGCCAUGCUGACUUGUUGCUUCUCCCAAGCUACUUACUGCUUCUAAGAGUUUGGAUAUAUUAAGCUGCAUGGAAAGAGCUUUCAUGAGACUAUUCAAAUUCCUGUAGCUUAGGUAUCUCAUCCAGUUCAAUAAAUAAAAAGAUUUCUGUUGGUCUGUAUAUUAAUACAUUUUGUUGUGCACGGCAUUUGCGAACAAGCAAGUGAAAGUGGGUAUUAGUUUUCCAUCUGUCAGCUACGAAAUAGCUAUUUAAUAAAGGUACUAAUCUAUGACGUAGAAUUAAGAUAACUUCUUGCAUCUUGUUAUUUGGCAUCUUGUUAUCUUUAUGUGGAUCUUUCACUGCGUGGAAGAUUAAAAUUCAGAUAAAUAAAUGUAUGUGGUUUAUAGGCAUGUGAGGUAUCUAAGCUCCUAUUUAAACUCAGCUGAAUUAUUGGGGCCUAGAGAACAAUUCACUUCCCUAAAUUUACGUGUUUAGUGUCAUUGGAGUUAGUAACCACCCUCAUGAGCCUGGAAGAGGGUCUAGGCCCUAUGUGAGAUAUGUGCCCAUCAGAAGAGGCAGCUGGAGGUCAGGCGUAAUAAUUUAUGGUAUCUAAGAUUACACCAUGCAUUUAUUUCUAGGCAACUGAAUUGGCCCUAGAGCAUUUGAAAUAAGCUGAAUUGCUCUCCAGGGAGCUUUAAUUGUGUUCAAUAGGGGCUUGACUCUUACGAUGGUUGGAGGUGCUCAAGGCUGAGACAACUCCAGAGGGAUGGCAGUUGUGAUAAAAAGACCCAUGGGAGAUGCGCAAUGCUGACAUAGCAGCUGAAAGCCAAGCAGAAUAGCAGAGGACGCUGGCGUUAGACACCUACGUUUAGGAAGCCAAAUUGAUCCUUAGAUCUCCAGUGAUUACAGUGAUAACUUAGAUACCUGGUGCACCAGUGACACCUAAGUGUAAGCAUCUUAAUCUAGAACUAAAUCCUGUCCUGAAAGCCCAAUAAUGAUGCCAGGUUGCUGUCUUGAAGUUUAUUAAAAUGAUCGCCAUGUUUCACUGUUAGUUGAACAAAUUAUUAGUUAGAACAAAAGUUUAGUCCUUCAAGACAUACUAAAUAUACCUGCUUAAUAAAUUCAUUAUUCAUCUUUUCCUAUCACUCAGUAUUAAAAAUUAAAUUAAUGAUUUGAUGCAAAAAUCAGAGAGCUUUUCCAAUAAACUUCUUCAAAGUUUUGAUUUAAGCCACAGUCCUACAAAGGGCUUUGGCAUAUUUAGGUAUUAAUGUUAUUUUAUAGAACUUCUAGGUUGCUAAAAUUCACAGCAUGGAGGGCACUACUGUGAAAAAUAAUAAUGGCUUCAUGAAUUCCUUGGGCCAUUCAAAUCAAUUUUAGCGUGUGGGACAAGGUAUCGGCCAAAUUCUGCGUAUAAUCCAGUGGAUUCUAAAUGCUGCUGAGGCUUUGAAGUCAAUGAGAUCAUCUGCGUCCUUAAGGGCAGAAGAUGUUGCUUUACCAUGAAUAGCAUCACUUCUGAGAAAAGUAUCUCAGAUUAUUUCGUAGCUAGUCACACCAGGAUAGCCAUCUACAGUUGGGAAGUGAGCUGUUGGAUAUCAGUAAUAAAAAUAAUGUAGUUUUAUCCUUCCUGUGGAAGACAAGUGGGAUUAUUUCUGUGCAUUUAUAGUCUUGAAAGUUGCAGUAGCGUUCUGAUAGGUGCUCUCCCAGAUUUCCAGCUGAAUUUGGAACACGGCGGUACUGAUGAUUCUGGAAAAUCUGUACUCUGUAAUUCUCAUCUGAGCGCCACAGAUUUGUGCUUUUAAGUCAUGUUUUCCCAUAAAAUGACUAAAGAUUCACACUGUACCUCUUUUGAGCAGUAACAGCACUUCUGCAUUCUUGCAGCAGUGCCUAAUUCCACUGAAAUCAUUAGUAAAUCUUACACUGGUUUCAGGGGAAUAAGAUUAGAACCCACAACAAGGCACGUAACGUAUUUAAAUAUGGUCAUGUUUUCCAUCAUAAAUUUGUUACAGAGAACUGGGAAUUUGAGACUUCAGUGUAGCCCAAGAGUUUUACACCAACAUUGUAUUUAAUGUCCUGACAAGUUCGAUGUAAAAUGCCAUAGUCAAAGUAACACAAACCAAAUCUGUGACUGCCACUCAUUAUCCUGAAUUGGAAAUAAAUAGUUUGAGUGAGAUAUAGAUGAAUUUCUAGCUCAGUAAAGGUGGGGUUUUUUUCCAAGGAAAACUGGGAUUAUCGAAGGCUGAACUUAGAGGCCAGACAAUAUAAAAUAUUAGUGCUUUCUUAUGGAUCUGUGUUGCAUGGUUAUGGUACAGUUUCUUGUUUUGCUGAAAUCGGUGGCAAAGCCCUAUUUUAAGCCGCAGCGGAAUCAGACCCAUUGAGUGGGCCUACAAUCUUGUGUUGUAAAUUUGUAAUAUUUUACACUGCAUUUACUGAAAGAAAGGAGAAAUAAUGAUCUCAGCAUGCCAUCUGCCAGCUCUCCAGCUGAAUGGAACAGACUAUGUCAGUCAAAGUGUGAGAUAUGUCUUUAAAUGACUUGUGGUUUUUUGGUUUUGGUUAGGGUUUUUUUUGUUCUGGCUUUUUGGGUUGCUUAGUAACAAUAUUCUGUGUGCAAAUUUGUAGCAUCUGUGCAGAAUGUGAGGUGUUAACAUGUUUGUAAAAAUUGAGUCCAAUUAAUGUUUCCUCUGCAGAGCUUUAAAAUUAAAUGGCUCCUUCCUUUUAUUUUUCCCCUUCUGCAAAUUACCCGCUUUUAGAAAAAGCGGAGACAGAUUUGUGUCUUAGAACAGUAAUCAAUCAUAAAUUUGCAUUUGAGUACUUCUCAAGUAAGUAGUUAGUGUUUUCAAAUGGAGAAUAUAGCAGAAUUAAGUAACUUGCAAAACAUAAGUGGCUUUCAAAGGUCAUGUAAUUGUGUCUCUGUGGUUAGUAGCUGCACACAGGGUAAUGUCUGUGAAUGGUUAUAUAUCUUCCGAUUAAACCCCUGAACAAAGCACUGAGUGUAAGAAAUAUUACUUGAUGACUUGCAGAACUGUGUAAGAAGGAUUUAAAACAGAGAACCAGAUACGCUUUAACAGACUUCAUACUCCAUCCUCUUGGCUCCCUAUAGCCAAGGUUACGGGAAUCUAUCCUACGGCUUCAAAAAAGCUAAUAUAGGAUGGGUUGGACCAAGCCAGCUUCUAUAAGGAGGCAUACCUAUGCCUGUAUAGUCACUGAGUAGUCAGUAGAGUGAAAUAGGCUCUCCCAGACAGUGAGUCAUCUGCUGUCUUUUAAAUAUAUGUCUUAGGGUGAGAUGAAUCACGUCUCUUUCUGCGGUGACUGAGCCAAACACGGCUAGACAACCUCUCACUUUUAAGGCAGUAAAAGUUUGGUAAGAUUAAUCCCAUCCCCCAAGAUAUUUUUUUUUUCCUGAUGAUACGGUAUAUUUUGCCUUUGAUCUGUUUUGGCAAAGAAAAUAGCUUAGAGGGAGGCAUCUGUAGCAGUCCUUAUUCAGACAAGGUUCACAUUGACUCCAGUGGGAGAACAGGGUGAGAAAACACUGCAGGACUUCAAUUCCAGUAAGUGAAGUAUUUUACUGUUCCUUUUCUUCAUCAAAGACAUUUUGUUCUACCUUUCCAUUCCCUUUCAUCACUGGCUAGAGAUGAUGCCAGCAGACAGUUAGGUAUUAUCCCCGGGGCCCAUGGAUUGUCACAAUAAAUUCUGUGAAAAGACGUAGUUUGAUUAAUGUCUGUUGGGGGAGCUGAAGCCAUAGCUCUGUAACAGAGAAGUACUAACAAUCAACUAUUGCACUCCAUUCCUUUUAUUUGGCAAUGUAAUAGUUUCAUUAUUUUAUGUGUAAUUCAAGCCACUGAGUUGAUGCCCAGCAGAGCCGCAGCAGAGGAGAAGGGACCUGGCCAGCCUCUGUUGCUGCCCCACAACUGCUUUCCUGCCUUGGUCCCUUCAAAAGCAGCAGGAGCAACAGGACCGAGUGCAAGUCUCAGAAAGCUGCUGGCAGGUUCUUGGACUCCGGACUGGAUCAACCCUAUCCCUCCUCCCAUGACAAUUUGGGAAAUUCAUUCCUUAUUUCUCUCAGCAUCCUAUCUAGCUUAUAUUUUAACUUGGCAGCUGUUAAGACUCUUGGUGAAAUCAGUUUAGCUGUUUACUAGUACACCCUCCCACCACAGGCAAAAAUCUUGACAGCUCCAAAGAGCUUUAUAGAUAAUGUAGACAAAUUGCUGAGCUCUGAGUCCUGCCAUGACCGUGGUAAAAAUUGUCCCUAGCUUUGAGUGACGGGAUGAAUUUUCGUGCUUGUCUGAUGUAAAGAUUGUGUGAGGGAUUUUGGUGGCCAUGCACUUCACAGAGCCUACCAGUGGCACCAGGCUGCUGUUGUGGGCUCCAAACAUGCAAAAGUCCACGUGUCUGUCGACAUCAUUAAGCUGUAUAACACGUACACAAGGCUGAUACCUUCCAAAAGCUGUUGGACUUGCUGCCGAUACGCUUGGGCAGCACAGUAUAUAUAUGAGCAGCCCCAGCGCCAUGGGGAGUCAUCACCUACCCUCCAUGCUGUGAGCAGCCUGUGUAUUCAGUGCGUCCCUGGAAAUCCCAGGCUGGCUUGCUAACCCUGUAUGAGUGCAGACCACAAGCACGUCCCAUGGCUCAGAGAAUAUUUGCCUCAAUACAAAAUGAGAGACAACACACAGACUGUUAGAGGACUACGAGGAAACAUUAAAAAAAAUACAGAAGUCAGUCAAUCAGCUGUUAAUCUUAGCACACUGGCAGUUCUGCUGCAAGUCUGUUGACCUUAUGUAGGCUUUUAGGAGGGUAAUGAAGCAGCUCACAACUGCCAAGGGCCAAGGAGGGGAAUGAUCAAAGGACUUCAUUUGAGAAUCGAAGAACUGGGUGAUGGGGAUUGCUGUGCUGGGUUGAUCAGAUGUAGAAGUUAACAUCUUUGUGCCAGAUGAGAAAUGUUAAGCUGACUUGGGGUAUAGAUGCAAAAGCACUUUGAAAAAGAAGGAAAAAUACUGAUGGUCAAUGUGGUUGCGUGCACGGGCUGUUUUAAAUUGUUUGGACAAACAUGCCGUUUCAUUUUGGACCUCACGUAUCCCUAGUGAGGUCAAUGCUGAAACUUGUCUUCCUUUGGGUUCUGCUUUGUCUGUACGUGUAUUCAUUUGAAUGAUCCCUUUCUGUGGUGUGAGGAUCCACUCAGUGUGGAUCAGUGGCAGAAUGAGGCCUCCGGUGAUUCAUGCUGGGCACAGACAUUCAGGCUGCUUCCUUUCCAGAAUCUACAUGGGAUGGAUGUUUCCUGGUCUUUCUAACUCUCUUUAAAGAAAAUUAAUGUGAAUUCUUGCAAACACAGUCUUUUUUCUUCAGUAGAGCAAUGUUUAACAAUCCUACUGCUAUCACACUCAACGCAUUCUGCAUAAAAGCAUGAUUUAAUACUCUUUUUAAUGGCGAUUUCUUAUGCCGCUUGCCUCAUUGUAUCAGUAAACAUGUUGACAAGAGCGCAGCUGUCUUUCGCAAAUUAGCAAGUUCACCCCUGUGUGAAAAGCCAGCUCUUUUGAGGCAUAGCAUAGACAGGGUGAAGAGUGGUGAGCUGGGCUUCUGCAAAUAAAUUGACAUUGCUUCUGAGAGCACUGCAACCAGAUUUUCUCACUUUGACAUAAUAGCCCCGUGUAAUUCUCCUUUCCUAGCUCUGAGUUACCUUUUUGACAGCCUCUGCAUGAGGCACUAGAUUUGCUUCUGACUGAUUGAGGCCAAGUAGAUCGCAAAUCAUGCUGUCACAUCUGGGAUUUUAUGAGUUUGCAGCUCUGUAAAAUUACUUCGCCUUUAUGAACUGACAGGCCAAACUGUAUGUUUGUUGGAAAGAAGACCAAGGUUUGAGAAAAUCAGAUUUUCUAUUUAUUGGUUUUAUCUAAUUUAAUAAUUUUAAAGUAGAAAAUAUCUUCUCUGAGUAUCAUGGAAGCACUUAAUUAACUGAUUGCAUUUCCAGUAGAGUUUAAUAAUGUACAUUACAUUUCAUACUUUCAUGUAAGGCAUAUCAGCUUAAUUAGAAAAAUAAAGCACAAUGUAUGACUUGUUCCCUUCUGGCAAUGUGGAAAUCCAGUGGCUUAAAAAUUCCAGAAAUGGUCCUUUGGUUUAAAAAUAUUGUUUUAUGUAAGCAAAAGAUUUAGCUGUAUAUUUGGGUCCGGGUUCUCCUUGUUGCUGUUAUUCUUCAUGAAGCAGCCCAGCUCUCUUCCAGCCCUCAGCCUGUCAUUUCUUUUGUACGUCAAGUUUUCUGCUGCCAGAAUGUGUCAUACCUUAUCCAGUCAGUUGUCCUGGGUUGUUCUGGGUUGGUUUUUCGUGGCUGCACUUGUACAUCUUGCUACCCAUGAGAUGAUUAAUACAGCCCCGGAAGUCAUACAUCCCUCGUAAGAGCAUGUAGAGCUAGAACCUUCCCUCGUUCUAGGGAAUGUUAUCACAUCUGUAUUUUUUAGUCAGAGGCUGGACUGAAAACUUUUGUUGGGGCAAAUGUAGUAGUAAUGGAGAUCUUGGGCAGGAGACAGAUUCAGGCACAGCAGUAAUAUGGAAGCCAGCAAGGCUCUGUGAGUGAAAGCUGUUGUCUGUGCAUAGUUUUGGAGGCACCUGUCUCAUGUACAUGUAUUGAACAGACCAUCUCCCAUCCUUCAGGGGAGAUAUAACACACCACUUGGCUAGUUUUCACUUCCUUACCCAGGAUAUUUUCAUACAAGGUAAUUACCAAUGUCCAGGAAUAGGAGGGCUGUUCAGGGCUUUUUAAAGCAUUCUUGUGGCAUUCCUGUGUGUGUUGGGUUUGCGUGGCAAGGUUUUGGUUGCAGGGGGGCUACAGGGGUGGCUUCUGUGAGAAGCUGCUAGAAGCUUCCCCUGUGUCUGACAGAGCCAAUGCCAGCCGGCUCCAAGACGGACCUGCCGCUGGCCAAGGCCAAGCCAAUCAGCGCCUCUGUGAUAACAUAUUUAAGAAGGGAAAAAAACACUUAGAGAGAGCUUUUGCAGCCGGAGAGAGAGGAGUGAGAAGAUGUAAGAAACUCUGCAGACACCAAGGUCAGUGCAGAUGGAGGGGAGGAGGAGCUCCAGGCACCAGAGCAGAGAUGCCCCUGCAGCCUGUGGUGAAGACCAUGGUGAGGCAGGCUGUCCCCCUGCAGCCCAUGGAGGAAGGAUGAGGGGGUGUAGAGAUUCCACCUGCAGCCCGUGGAGGACCCCACGCCGGAGCAGGUGGAGGCACCUGAAGGAGGCUGUGGCCCGUGGGAAGUCCACGCUGGAGCAAGCUCCUGGCCGGACCGGUGGACCCGUGCAGAGGGGAGCCCACGCCAGAGCAGGUUUGCUGGCAGGACUUGUGACCUCGUGGGGGACCCCAUGCUGGAGCAGUCUGCUCCUGAAGGUCUGCACCCCGUGAGAGGGACUCCAUGCUGGGGCAGGGGAACGAUGAGAGGAGUCCUCCCCCUGAGGAUGAAGAAGCGGCAGAAACAACGUGUGAUGAACUGACCAUAACCCCCAUUCCCCGUCCCCCUGUGCCGCUGAGGGGGUGGAGGUUGAAGCCGGGAGUGAAGUUGAGCCCGGGAAGAUGGGAGGAGUGGGGGGAGGUGUUUUAAGAGUUGAUUUUAUUUCUCAUUCCUCUACUCUGUUUUGCCUAGUAAUAAAUUAGAUGAAUUCCCUCUGUAAGUUCGGUCUGUUUUGCUCAUGACGAUAAUUAGUGAGUGAUCUCUCCCUGUCCUUAUCUCGACCCACAAGCAUUUCGUUAUACCUUUUCUCCCCUGUCUAGUGAAUGAGGGGAGUGAGAGAGCGGCUCUGGUGGGCACCUGGCCUCCAGCCAGGGUCAACCCACCACACUGUGGCAUGACACAGUAACAGCAAUUUUUCCUGUGACAUCCUGCAGGCAGUGUCUGUGUGACAAGAAAACCACUUAAGGAUGAAAAAAUUCACACUGUUUGAUUUUGUAAAUGAUAAUUCACUGCAAAUUGGAGAGACUUCGUGGAUACAGGACCUUCCCAAUGAUGAUAAUGAACUAGAAAGACUUCUGAAACCAAAUGAGCAUGUUCUAGUAAACUGGCCUGUGGCAGAAAGAAAGACAGAAAAGCACCUGGUGAAAGUUGUGUACAUGAGUGAUGACCCCCAAGAGCUGGUGGAAAUGAUGCAAAAGAUAUUACGAGCGGAUGAAAUUGCAAAAAUACAAGUCCUUGGAAAAGGCAAGAGGAAGAGGAUAGAAAUGAUAUUCUCAGAGAGUGAAGACAGUGACCUGGAUAAAGAACAGGGGAAGAUGAUGAAGCAUAUAAAAAGAAAGAAAUCAUUACAGGCCUCUGCUCCUGCCAACAUCCUGAGUCAACUUGAAACAUCUUUAAUCAACAAACAGAGAGAACCGUAUUCAGGAAGCAACUUUCUGUACAGUGAAAGUAGCAGUGACGAUGAAGAGCCUUUAUUUCAACUAUCCAAGGUAGAACUGUGUGCCAAAAUAAAAAGUCUCAAGAGGAAGCUGACAGACACCAUGAGAGAAAACUGCCGCCUAAGGCAGUCCCUGGUGAUGCUUCAAGUGUUGCCACAAGCAGUCACCCAUUUUGAAGAACUGGUAGGGAUGGCUGAAGCACUGCUCAAAGGGGGAGUGACAUCAUCUACGUCCAGUCUGCAUUCACAUGCUGUUUGGAAAGCAUCUAACAAUCCAUUAGCAGAUUCAUAUGCAGCUAUGCAUAGUAACUCCGGUUCACCAAUAACUUUGAAUGUGGAAGAUGAGGAGCAACAGACCGAAAAACAGUUCAAGAUUGAAAAGUGGCAGAUUGCACUUUGUAACAAAAGCAAACCUCAGAAGUUUAUAAAUGACUUGAUGCAAGCACUUUAUACACAUGAAUACAUGGCUACACACAGCCUGACAGGCGCAAAGUCCUCCUCUUCAAAGGAUAAAGCAGCAAAACCAGCUAUGAAUCAGAAUGAAGUUCAGGAGAUCAUAGGAAUCACAAAACAGUUGUUUCCAAACACAGAUGAUGCUUUAAUUAGGCGAAUGAUGGGACAAAAACUGAACAAUUGCACCAAGAAGCCAAUUUUAAGCAAAGAUGUUAACUCAGGUGCUUUUCAGAAGCAUAGCUUUUGUGGUUCGACAGCUGCUCCUCAGGGCAUCAUCUCUUCUGCUGUUCCUCCCAGCACACAAGACCAGCAGGAUGAUGAUUCAACAGCUGCUAAUGCACAAAUUCAGCAAAGCAACAGCCAUCUGUCUCCUCCACCUCCCACCACACAAGGUCAGCAGGAGUACUUCAAACCCACUUCUUCUAAGGUGGAGUCUCAUCUCACCAGAAGCUCACCAGCGCCCUCUCCCAACCAGGGUUGCAGACAGGAUCUCAGGAAUUCAGACAAAGAGUAAUAGAAGGUAUUUCAUACCGGUUUAAAUUCUCAAUGGAGAUUAAGGAGUAGUAUAAAAUAAAAAAGAAGUAAUAUCUAAAUCGGCCUAGAAAUAGUGGACAGAGAUGCUGCAAGCAGAAUAGAAGCCUGAGAACCAUUUUCUCAAACAAAUUAAAAUCCCACAGCAUAGAAAAAAAUGAAGGCAUAUUAAUAUCUUUGGCUUUAAGAUAUUAUUAAAUAUAUGCAUGUUACACAGUAAUUAAAAAAAUAUAAACUCAUUCUGAAGAAUAUAAGAAGAGUUCCCCUUAGCUAGAAAAAAACAUGAUUUAAAGUAAUACCAAAAGAAUGUAUAAAAGGAACCUUAAUCCCCUUGCUUUCACCUUGAUAGCUGAUGGAAAACCGCUUUACCGAUCAGAGAAAGCUAUUGCAUAUUAAUACAAAAAAGAUAUAGAGGUAUGAAAAGAGAAUAGAAAAAUUUCCUAGUGAAAUUAAGACUAUGACCAGCACAGGGCCACGUGAGCAGAGAAGGAAUAAAAUAGCGGAGGAUGCUGUUAACUUGGAAAGAAGAAAAUAUUCUUGGGGCAAUGAAACUGCAGCUCUCAAGAUGUCUGCAAGAAAGCAGCAGCUCAUUUUUAACCUCUGAAAGCUGGAAAGGCAAUGAAAGAAGCCAUGUUCCCUCUUAGCUCAGGGAAGGGUCCUCCAGGAUAGCCUCUUAGGUUGUGGAGGCCAUACCUUCUCUCACAGGCCUUCUGCUGCUGGUAUCCUGCUGGCAUCCUGCUGGCUUGGCAGCUCUUGCUCUCCCUUCUUCCCUGAACAUCAGGGUGCCUGAUCCCUCUGGUCAGGAAAUGGAGGACUGUCUUUUGGAAGCAAGUAGUACAAGGCAGAAUUGCCAGCCUUUACUCCCUGUGUUCCAAUUUUGGUAUGCUACCUCUUGCUGGGAGAGUAAGUAGGCAGGCAGAGCUUUCCUUACGGGACUGGGACUAGAAAAAUCCCAGUAACUGUGCAGUUCCUCUUGAAAUUUAACACCACUUGCCCCUGGGAGCAGCUGGCAGUCACACACCCUCUAAUUGCCUGAGGAGGAGGAGGAGGGGGGAAGCUACAUUUUUUUCCUCACUGACUGAUUCCAGGUUUACAGGGUGCUGGUAGCAUGGGAAGGAGAGAACACUUGGAUUAUAGCAUUCGUGCUUGAGUGUACUUCUCCCAGAUCAGAGAGUGCUAAUACUUAAACCUAUUUUGUAUGUGGCAAACAAACAACUAAGGAGUCAAGAUGAAGGAAAAAAAACCCAACAUAAAGUUGAAGAAACCUAGCUUGACUUGAGGAAGAUUUCUGUAACUCAGGAGAUCUGAGCUAUAGAAAUAAAUUAGAAAUAGUAUUAGGGUGAAUGCCAGAAAAAAACCCUGAAGAUAGGUUAGCAGCCAAAUACCUCUAAAAGAAAGUGCUGCAAACAUAACUGUACUAGAACAAUGCACUAACAAAAUGCACUGUGAAGAAGACUUUUGUGGGGCUGGGGUAUGAAUUAAGUGAUCUGCUAGCCUUUUCCAUCUCUCAUGUCUAUCAAUUCCUUAUAGAUAAGAUCAGGAUGAAAGCAGGUAUGAAAUAUGAUGUAAGUCCUAUCUCAUGUUAUUAACUACUAUCCAUAAAAUGCAACAGAAGGAUGUUUGCUAUUAUGUAUAUUUUGUAUAUGUACUGUAUGUACAGCAUAUAAGAAUGUAUAUAGUUAAUCAUAUUUUUGAAGCAACUUUCUAUAAAAUAAAAUGAAACAUUACUA